GAGGUAAAAACGAAUUACCAGACACACUGAAAGUUGCAGAAGGAGCUCGUGUCAUGCUCACCAGAAACAUUGACAUACAAAAUGGUUUGGUUAAUGGAGCUUUUGGAAUACUACUUAGAGUAGUUCACUCUGAAAACGACCAACACAUCAUCAAGCUUGGACUUAAAAUGGAUAAUGAGACAUCUGGAAAGAAUAACCGCACACCAGCAGACGACAUGGUGUACAUUGAGAGAGCAGAGGAGAAUCUAAAGCAGAAAGGAGUGGUACGAAGACAGUUCCCAGUGAAGCUGGCCUUUGCAUGUACAAUACAUAAGGUACAGGGUAUGACAACCACAUCAGCUGUUGUCUCUCUUAAGAGCAUUUUUGAGCCCGGCAUGGCCUACGUAGCUGUCAGUAGAGUGACGUCUCUCAGUGGACUGUAUCUUCUUGAUAUGGAGGAGAAAAAAAUAUUCACCAACCCAGAAAUCACUGCAGCACUUGAGAACAUGAGACAAGCCAACCUUGAUGACAUGAUGCCUCUUCUACACGUGAGACAAACACUGAGCAGGUCAGACGUUUUCACCAUUGUUCAUCAUAAUACAGACGGACUGCCAGCUCACAUUAAUGACAUCAAGAGUCACCAUGAAUUGUGUCUAGCAGAUGUUUUGUGCCUAACAGAAACACACCUGCGGGGCUCUUUUGUCGCAGAGAGUCUCCACUUGGAAAAUUACAAUUUGUUCAAACGCAACAGACACCUGUCCUACACAAACUUUCCCCAGAUGGCAAACAGAAGUGGUGGUGGAGUUGCUGUUUAUGUGAAAAGUGACAUUCAAGUGCAUGAAAAACAGUACAUCCAUAAUGUAACUGACCUUGAAUUUCUGGCUUUAAAGGUUGAAGCACCAGUCAGUGCGCUGAUUGCAGUUGUAUACAGACCUCCAGACUACACUUUGAGGCCAUUCCUGAAAAACCUGUGCAAACAAACCAAUCCUGGAGCUGUUUGAGUCUAGGGGAUACGCACAGGUCAUCACUGCCCCUACCACAGAGAAGAACACACUGCUUGACCUUAUUUUCAUUUCUCAGCCA